AUGAAUUCCGUCCAACCACAAUAUAUCACCAUAACAAGUUAUAAUAAGCCAGCUGUUGUCAAUGUUACAAAUAAGUUUGUUAAUACAGUUGACGAAUACACCAUUGCAUCUUAUGAAUCAAAAACACUAACAUUCGCAAAUACUAUGAACCUUUAUAUAACUGAAUUGACUUCUAAAAUCGUGCAUAUCGUCUCAGAUGAAGAUAUAACAGUCAAUAGUUUUUAUAUAUAUCAUUCUGCAUUGGCUUCAACAUUAGUUUUACCGAGUCAUCUAUACGAUAAGGAUUAUGUUGUCGCUGCGUAUGAUCGAUACGCUUUCAUCAAACUAUUAAUAAUCGCUAAGUACGCCGACACACAUCUUAAUAUCAGUUUCCCAGUGAGUACUUACUAUUCUGGUGAAUAUUAUUCAAGAAGUAAAAAUUUGUCUAUUACUUUACAAUCUUCGCAAGGAUUUCAUUUAAAAACGAACAAACAGAUACCUGGCGCUAUUGUCUAUUCCGAUAAAGAUGUUGGAGUUUUGGCUGGUAAUGAAUGUGCAUUUAUACCUAGUAGUACGGGUAGAUGUGAUAGUACACAAGAAUUUCAUUUACCUAUUACGCGUCUUGGUAAAAAUUAUAUUAUAUCGACGUUCGCUGAUAGAACAGCUGGUGAUAUAUAUCGUGUUUUCGGUGGUCAUAAUAAUACGACAGUAAGUGUUAAAGUAACAUCUCAAAAUUAUCAACUGUCUCGAGGAGAUUUUGUAGAAUUUGAAUUAAACAGCGGUAAUAGUUCGUAUGUUACAUGCGAUAAGCCAUGCUUAGUUACUCAAUUCGCGAAAGGAAGCCGAGUAGAUAAUACUAAAAGCGAUCCAUUCAUGACAUUUGUACCAGCAAUAGAACAAUAUAGUCGAGAUUACAAUACAUUUUUGCCGUCUCUUCUUACAAAUGUACGAACUGAUCGAAAUUAUGCGUUGAUUACUAUACAAGACAAAUAUAAGAACGGAUUGAUGCUAAACGGAGUAAUACUACAAGAUAUUACCUGGCGACAAAUCCUUACAAAUACUGUUAACGAAACUUAUGUUACUGCAUCUGUUCCUGUUACAAUUGGCGGAAUAAGAAUAACUCAUAACGAUUCUAACGCAUUAUACGGAUUAAUUAACUACGGCUGGAGUCAAAAUUACGCGGGAUACGGUCACUUAGGCGGUAUACGAAUUGUUAAAAUCUAUCCAUAUGCGCCGCGAAUCAUUGAAAAAUCCUCAAACAUAUAUGUGUAUGAAGGUAACAUGACGGUAUUAGAGUGUAACGCGACAAGCUCGCCGAUAUCUACUAUUACUUGGUUAAAAGAUGGAAUCCCUGUUAUAAAUUAUGAGAAUACGACAAUAGUCGAAGGUUUCUAUAUUUAUAGUCGUUUAGUUAUUACAGAAACGUUUAUACACGAUAUGGGGAAUUAUCAAUGCGAAUACGUUAACACAGUUGGAUCAAUAAGAAGUAAUAACACAUCGAUAAAAGUAAUCGUAUAUCCUGUAAUUACGCAACAUCCACAAAACGCCGACGUUAUCUAUGGUAACACUCUGAUUUUACAUUGUAAUGGAAAAAGUAAUCCUAUAUCUAACAUUACGUGGCUCAAAAACGGAUAUCCGAUAUCGAAUUACGAUAAUGUUACAUCGAUUGAUAACAUUCACAUAUAUAGUCGUAUCACUAUUAGAGAAGCAACUGUACGUGAUAGAGGAUUCUACCGAUGUCGUUAUAGCAAUACAGAAGGAACGGCUAUAAGUAAAGAUGCAAUUGUGACUGUUUACGAUUCGAAAGUUGAGAAAAGUUCGGGACGAGAGUUUUUUGUGGGUUAUCCAAGAAUGAAUACCAGGCAAUCAUAUUAUCUUACCCUAACAAGUUAUAAUAAGCCAGCUGCUGUCAAUGUUACAAAUAAGUUUCUUAAUACGGUUAAUGAAUACACUAUUGCAUCGUAUGAAUCAAAAACACUAACAAUUGCAAGUACUAUGCUUAUUUUUAAUUCUGAAUUGACUUCUAAAAUCUUUCAUAUCGUCUCAGAUGAAGAUAUAACAGUUAGUAGUUUUUAUAUAUAUGCUUCUGUAUUGGCUUCAACAUUAGUUUUACCGAGUCAUCUAUACGAUAAGAAUUAUGUUGUCGCUGCGUAUAAACCAUACUCUAACAUCAAACUAUUAAUAAUCGCUAAGUACGCCGACACACAUCUUAAUAUCAGUUUCCCAGUGAGUACUUCCUAUUCUGGUCAAUAUUAUUCAAGAAGUAGAAAUUUGUCUAUUACUUUACAAUCUUCGCAAGGAUUUCAUUUAAAAACGGACAAAGACAUAUCUGGCGCUAUUAUCUAUUCCGAUAAAGAUGUUGGAGUUUUGGCUGGUAAUGAAUGUACACGUAUACCUAGUAGUACGGGUAGAUGUAGUAGUGCACAAGAAUUUCAUUUACCUAUUACGCGUCUUGGUAAAAACUAUAUUAUAUCGACGUUCGCUGAUAGAACAGCUGGUGAUGUAUAUCGUGUUUUCGGUGGUCAUGAUAAUACGACAGUAAGUGUUAAAGUAACAUCUCAAAAUUAUCAACUGUCUCGAGGAGAUUUUGUAGAAUUUGAGUUAAACAGCGGUAAUAGUUCGUAUGUUACAUGCGAUAAGCCAUGCUUAGUUACUCAAUUCGCGAAAGGAAGCCGAGCAGAUAAUACUGAAAGCGAUCCAUUCACGACAUUUGUACCAGCAAUAGAACAAUACAGUCGAGAUUACAAUAUAUUCUUGCCGUCUGCUCUUACAAAUGUACGAAGUGAUCGAAAUUAUGCGUUGAUUACUAUACAAGACAAAUAUAAGAACGGAUUGAUGCUAAACGGAAUAAUACUACAAGAUAUUACCUGGCGACAAAUCCUUACAAAUACAGUUAACGAAACUUAUGUUACUGCAUCUGUUCCUGUUACAAUUGGCGGAAUAAGAAUAACUCAUAACGAUUCUAACGCAUUAUACGGAUUAAUUAACUACGGCUGGAGUCAAAAUCUCGCGGGAUACGGUCACUUAGGCGGUAUACGAAUUGUUAAAAUCUAUCCAUGUAAGUUACUAUCAUAA